CGCCGAUCACGUCGUGCAGAUGAAUAACUGGAAGAGGUGCAUUUUCACAGUCUGCUCAGAGACCUCAGCCUAAGGUUCCAGAAAACAUGCACUCCUUUCAGUUACUGUGUUCUCUCCUCCUCUGCAAUGCCCUGGUGGUAGCUGCCCAGAGAAAACUACAAAAGGUCCCUGAGCAGGAGGAGCAGGAGGAGGAGGAGAACAUCACACGGAUAAGGAUGCCUCAAACUCUCUCCCGAGGAUGGGGUGAUGAAAUUGAAUGGGUUCAGACAUAUGAAGAAGCUUUAACUAGAUCAAGAAACAGCAAGAAACCUCUGAUGGUUAUCCACCACUUAGAAGAAUGCCCUUAUAGCCAAGCUUUAAAGAAAGCUUUUGUUUCCAGCCCAGAGAUCCAAAAGAUGGCUCAAGAGGAUUUUAUUAUGCUUAAUCUGGUGCAUUCGAGCACAGAUGACAACAUGGCCCCUGAUGGCCACUAUGUCCCUAGGAUCCUCUUUGUUGAUCCCUCUAUGACAGUUCGAGCCGAUCUGACAGGAAAGUAUAAGAACAGAAUGUAUGCAUAUGAACCAGAAGAUAUUUCAAACUUGAUUGAAAACAUGAGACGAGCAAAGACACUUCUCCACACAGAACUAUGAACAAUGGGCCUGACCAGAACCUCACAUGCCAGGGAAGCGGACGGAUUGUACAGCAAAAGCCAGGGCUCGACAACCUAUCAGAAAACAUGAAAAUACAAAUCUGGAAGUUUAGUGGCAUUAGUGCAUUUUCAAAUAUUCUGUACAUAGUGGCUUUUUCAAAAAAGGUUAAUAUAGAGGAAG